CAUGACACAGAUCUGUGGCGUCACGGUAGAGCCAGUGUCUCGCAGACGCAGGCUUCUCCCAGAGUCGCUGGAAGUGUGUCUGAAAGCAGUGCUGCAGGGCUGGGAUGCCUCUUCUCUGACGCAGAGCUCCACAGAGUCGUGGCUGCUUCAGUGCUCCAGCGGCAGUGAGGAGCGAGGAGCUGCUGCUGCCCUCCAGCACCUUCUGAUGGAGCUGUCUGCUCGUGCUCUACACAUGCUGUCUGAGGUGAAAGACAGCGGCCUGGUGUAUUCGGCUGUCCUCUCCCCCCUGUCGCACACUACAGCUCUGCUCACCAUCCUCCAGUCUGGAGUCGCCCAGAACGAGCAGAUCCUACCCAGCGAAAUCAUUGCCCCUGCCACAUCAGAAACAUCUGCUGAUUUGCCUGAUGUUGUGAGCAGCGUCCUGGGAGUAGUGUAUGACAUCAUGGAGGAGGAUGGAGACACUGUUGAAGGUAAGGAUUAGGGAUGGGUACCGAGCCCCGGUAUUAAACGGGCCCCGGGUCUGAAUUAUUAAAGACCGUGGUACCGUUAAGCUCUAACGUUAUUGGUCUUUUAAUCGGCACUGGAGCCAUCUAAAAAAUAUGUCAUGUGUAUUAUUGCUACACAAACAUUAUAUUGCAGUUUUAGUG